UUUACCGUACACAUUGCCUUCAGUUGAGCCUUGGUAGCGUUGAGCCUUGGUAGCGUAGCUGUAAUAAGACUUGGCCGGCGGACCUUCGCAAGCCGUGUUGACACUCAAUUGGUGCGAGCAUCCCGCCUCGCUUUUUAUAUCUAUUGUUUGAAUCUGUAACGAAUGCGCGUCCUGCGAGUGCCGGCCUCGCGCGAGGGACGGUCCCAGGCCGGCUUCCGCGCUUCAAGCAUAUGUGCACGCGGGGCGCGGGCGACGAAGCUCGCUCGCCACGUGGCGCCCGCUGCAGCGGUGGUAGCGGACACUGACGACGCACCCAGCACCAGUGCCCCGAGCGCCCCACGCCCCGCUGGUGCUGCGGCUCUUGCUGCGGCAUCAGCGGCCAUGCUGGGCUCGCUCCCAGUGCCGCUAUCGUUUGAGCACCGGGCGGGUGUGCGGGAUGCGGCGGGGCGGGUCAUGCUGAAGAACCUGCCGCUACCGGAGCUGGAGGAGUGGUGCGCUAGCGUGGGUGAGCCGCCCAAGCGAGCCAAGCAGCUGUACCGGUGGCUGUACGGCAACCGCAAGUGGAUUCGGAACCUUGACCAGGCGGACUCGGACGCGUCCGCAUUCAGCGGCGCAUUCAAAGCCAAGGUGGCCUCCGGCGCCAGUCUGGCGGGCGGGCUGCAGCUGCAGUCGGUGCACACGGCGCGCGAUGGCACACGCAAACUCGUGUUCGCACUGGUGGGCGACUGGGAGGGCGGCGACGGCCCGGCGGGCUCGGCGCGCGGCACGGUGGAGACGGUGCUCAUCCCCAUGACCAACCGGCAGGGGCAGAACCUGAGGUACACGGCCUGCCUCAGCACGCAGGUGGGCUGCGCCAUGAACUGCCAGUUCUGCUACACGGGGCGCAUGGGGCUGCUGGGCAACCUGUCCACGGCGCAGAUCGUGGAGCAGGUGGUGGAGGCACGGCGCUAUCUGGCAGAGCAGGAGGUGCAGAUACCCAUCGCGAACAUUGUGUUCAUGGGAAUGGGCGAGCCGCUGCACAACUACGACGCCGUCAUGUCCGCCAUCGAGAUCCUGGCUACCGGUCUGGAGCUCAGCCGCAACAAGAUCAUUGUGAGCACUGUGGGCCUGGUGCCGGAGAUGCGCCGCUUCAUCGCCUCGGGCCGAGCCAAGCUGGCCGUGAGCCUGCACGCCACCACAGACGAGGUCCGCGACUGGAUCGUGCCCACCAACCGGCGCUACCCACUGGACCAGCUACUGGGGGCGCUGCGGGAGGCCUUCCCCUACGGCAAGCGCAAGGGUGACGACUUUGUGGUGAUCGAGUAUGUGCUGCUGGCGGGUGUGAACGACACGCUGGCGGAUGCGGAGCGGCUGCUGGCGCUGACCUCCGACAUCUACUGCCUGGUCAAUCUCAUCGUGUUUAACCCGCACGACGGCACGCAGUUCAAGCGGUCCUCGGACGACGACGUGCGCGCCUUCCGCGCCGUGUUCCUGGCCGCCGGCCGGCCCUGCACCGUGCGCGCCAGCAAGGGCGACGACGAGAUGGCGGCGUGCGGCCAGCUGGGAGACGUCAACCUGUCGCCACGGCCGGCGCCCAUGCUGCGGCCGCCGGAGGCGCUCGCAGCGCGGCUGGCGGCGGGGGCGGGGGCGGCGUUGCAGGCGUGAGGGCGGAAAGAGCAGGCUGUAGGGAUGUAGGGAUGCGGCUGCCAUGAGCGUGAAGCCAGGGCAGAGCGAGGCUGGGGAAGGCUGCUCGUGGAUGUGGCUACCGUCAGCGCCUGGUGCGGUGGUGAGCGGCAACAGCAGGGUGGCAACAGCAGCCAAGCGCGUUCAUGUUUUAAAGCACCUUUGGUAACAUGAUGGCAUAGGACUCUGGUGAGGCCGUGGGAGUCUGUCAUAUUGGAACGGCGGCCCGGCGGUGUUGCGGCAACAUCUCGAGGCAGCUCGGCUCGUGGCCAAAUCACGGCCCUUGCACGUGAUCCAAUGUGUUUCUGUGUGACCGCUGUGACUGUUGCCCUUGCACGUGAUCCAAUGUGUUUCUGUGUGACCACUGUGACUGUUGUCAUCAGCCUGCACACGUGCUGGGCCGUGGGUGCAUCGGGAAGGUCGGCACGUGCGUCGUAAGCCAGCAUGGUAGUCACAUGGGGGCGUAGACGAGGUGCGGGCACGCAGUUUUAGCAACGUCAUGCAACGUUAGCGCAGGAGUGUUUGCAGACCGAACGAGGGUAUUGGAGCACAAACGUGCAGUGGCAUGCUGGCAGUGGCGCACGCAGGCCUGGUGUUGUCAACCUGACGUCGCCUGACGUGUGCUGUUGUCCUUGCUGGUCUGUAGCAGAGAACAUGCGCCAUAGGUCCCCCUGCUCUGCACUAAUAGGUGCGACGGGGCAGGUAAGGGGCAAGUUGGCGUAGUGUGCAGCGUAUUCCCAGACCCCGGCCUUCAGUUUGCAACGUCAAGGCAAGGUGGUGCGGCUGGUAUAACGCCGAAGUUACUGUACCGGGACAUCGCUGACUUGCUGGAGGCUGGUAGCUUGCUGAGGCGCAUUCUUCUGCACUGAUAGGUACCGGCCUAGCGCAGGGUCAGCCAGUCAGGACAGAAAGUCCCCUCGGAGGAAGUCUGAUCGUAGUUGUUGUUGGUUACAAGGUGGUGUGCACGAGCAUGCGUGCCAUCCUGUCCCACG